AUGUCACACGAAGGCCAAGAAGAAUUAUUGGACUACUCCGACUCUGAAGAGAUCGCCGUUCCAACCACCGCCCCAUCUGCCGGUGCUGGUGAGGCAGAAAACGACAAGGAAGCCGACAAGAAAGGUUCCUAUGUUGGUAUCCAUGCCACUGGUUUCAGAGACUUCUUAUUGAAGCCAGAAUUGUUGAGAGCCAUCGGUGACUGUGGUUUCGAACAUCCUUCUGAAGUUCAACAAGUUUGUAUCCCUCAAUCCAUCUUGGGUACCGACGUCUUGUGUCAAGCCAAGUCUGGUUUGGGUAAGACCGCCGUUUUCGUCUUGUCCACCUUGCAACAGUUAGACCCAGUUGCUGGUGAAAUCUCCACUUUGGUUAUCUGUCACACCAGAGAAUUGGCCUACCAAAUUAGAAACGAGUACGCCAGAUUCUCCAAGUACAUGCCAGAUGUCAAGACCGAAGUCUUCUAUGGUGGUACCCCAAUCAAGAGAGACAUCGAAAAGUUGAAGAGCAAGGACACUUGUCCUCACAUUGUUGUCGCCACUCCAGGUAGAUUGCACGCUUUGGUCAAGGAAAAGGCCAUCCGUUUGGCCAACGUCAAGUCCUUCGUCAUCGAUGAAUGUGACAAGGUUUUGGAAUCUAUUGACAUGAGAAGAGACGUGCAAGACAUCUUCCGUAGCACUCCUCACCAAAAGCAGGUUAUGAUGUUCUCGGCUACCUUGUCUCAAGAAAUCCGUCCCGUCUGUAAGAAGUUCAUGCAGAACCCAUUGGAAAUCUAUGUUGAUGACGAAGCCAAGUUGACCUUACACGGUUUGCAACAAUACUACAUCAAGUUGGCUGAGAAGGAAAAGAACAGAAAGUUGUCUGACUUGUUGGACUCUUUGGAAUUCAACCAAGUUAUUAUUUUCGUCAAGUCUACCAACAGAGCCGAAGAAUUGAACAAGUUGUUGUGUGCUUGUAACUUCCCUUCUAUUGCUGUUCACUCCGGUAUUCCUCAAGAAGAAAGAAUCGCUAGAUACAAGUCUUUCAAGGAGUUCAACAAGCGUAUCUGUGUUUCCACCGAUGUUUUCGGUAGAGGUAUUGAUAUCGAGAGAAUCAACUUGGCUAUCAACUACGAUUUGCCAAACGAGGCUGACCAAUACUUGCAUAGAGUUGGUAGAGCUGGUAGAUUCGGUACCAAGGGUUUGGCCAUUUCUCUUGUCUCCAACAAGGAAGACGAAGAAGUUUUGGAAAAGAUCCAAUCUAGAUUCGAUGUUAAGAUCACCGAAUUCCCAGAAGAAGGUGUUGAUCCUUCCACUUAUAUGAACACUUGA